CUUAUGGUUUGGUCUUCAGGAGUUGAUUAUGAUUUUUUCGCCAUUCGUGUUACCGAGUCUUUUUUGCGGGAUAUAAUGCAUGAGACAUUCACAGUGGAGCAUGGUCAUGUUGUGAAGCUUUUUGAGGUAGAACCCGAACUGUCCACAAUCGAUUUCCCUCUUGUUGGUGCUUUUGGUGAUGAUGGUAAGUGGUGCCAUUUGGGUGCUGUAAGUUUGCGGUUGCGUGUUGCGGCAAAUUCGGACUCUUUUGACCAACUGCGUGCUAAUGUUAUUAAAGCAAAGGAAAAUUCUAGGAAAACUAAUCUUCCGAGACUCAGUCCUGGCCUUCUCCAUUCCCAUCCUGGUCUUUUUUUUUCAACUGAGUAUAUAGCAUACAAUUGCUCAGGGCCAAGAAAGGGCAAUCAGCACUUGGAGAAGAACUGGCAGGAGUGUGUGCAGACGGGAGAGAGGCGCGAAUUCCAUCUUGCGUGUGGUGUUAGCAUGAAGGUGGACCUCAACCGUGAUUGCCUGGCCUUUAGCGAGGGUCUCAUUCUUGUGGGUCCUCCUGAACACGGUGCAUUUCACUUUGGGUGGUGGGACACGAGAGCGAAGGCGGUUACCGAGGGCACUUUGGAAUUGUGUGUUGUGUUGGCAGACCCUCGUCAAGUGCUGCAUGAGUUUGUUGAAGCGUUUGUGGGGUCUCUGAAUCAUGUUAAAGCUGGUAGAUUUUCCGCAGAGGUGGGCAUUGCAGAGAAGGCACAAAAGCAGUAUCAUCGGGUCCUCGAAGUUGUUGAAUUAGCUCGAAAGAAACGAGUUGAUUUGGAAGAGCGACUGGCAAACCUCCACCGGGAUAAAUCCCUCUCGGAAACCCAAAUGCGAGUCGCUGUCAGUGCGAUUGAAGAAGAAACAUGUUCCCUUUUAAGAGAACUGUUGGGUAAUGAAGAUCUGUCAUCAACUAUUCCACCAUGCUCUGGAAGCGAUAACUCUUCAGGUUCCUACGUUUCAUUUUCUCAGCUUCUUCGACAACUAGUCGAACAAUCAGCGCUGUCGAUGCAAUGA